GUGACUGCUUUAUGGUGUUGUUUUAUUGUUCUUUGUUCUGAUCUCGGUCAAGAUAAAACAAUCAGAUACAUAAGGUCAUAUAUAUUACAUGAAGAUUAAAUUGUAUUCUUAAUAUGACGCAUACAUAUAUUCUGAAGACCGCAGCGUUAUGGAUUUUCAUAAUGAUGGAGGUAUCAUGCGGAAUAAACCUGGGUUUAAUAUCUGGUGAUCGAAGAAGACUAACCAGUCCAUUGCUAAUUAAAAAAACAUCACGUCACUCUCCCAUCACAAUCAACAUCAAUUCUAAGCCACUGACACCAAUACUCUCAAAAUCAUUGCUUUCAAGAAACUUGAAACCAAAGUUAAAUAUUCCCAAAAUUCCCCUCAUGCCCAUAUUCCCAAUACUUCCGCCUGUGAUACCGAAAUUACCGCUUUUACCCCCUCCAUUACCAAUCAUACCUCUAUUACCUCUUCCAAUCAUACCCCAUUUACCUAAAACGUUUAAAGCUCCGAAGUUAUUAAGAAAAACGGCAUUUCAAAGGGAUUUGGAGAGAAAAGUUAAAACUGCAAUUAAACCACCUCCAAAAAUAAGCAAAAAUAUUGCAAAAUUUCUACUCAAUUUGAAGAAAAACGGAUCACUUACAACAGCUGAAUAUUUGAGGUUCAAAAAACUUUUAAGUUAAAAUUAAUAUUGUUAAAAUUAAUUAGAGUAUUAUUUAUUAAAUAUACAAAAACACGCUAAUUUAUAUAUAUUUAUUUAUUUAAGACCUUAUUGUAUAAGCUUUA